GCAACUGGCCCGUGGAUUCACCGUCCUGCAAACGAUGCACCGGGUUCGGGUACACCUGCAGGAUUGACGGACCGGGAGAAACGAAGAGGAGGAAGUUAGCCAGUCUCAAAUGCCUGCAGUGCCGUAAGAGCAAGCAGAAGUGCGAGCCCGACGAGCAACGAUGGCCAGAAAAGUGCAAGCGGUGCGAUUUUAAGGGCUUGCCGUGUUCUGAGCCAGAGAUGGCGAUCAGGAGACCAAAGGAUCCAGUUAGUUCUGUACGAGAGAAGGCCCAUGACAGCCUCGGAGAAUCUCAAGGGUCACCGAAACCCGACUCUGCUGUAGUCGAACAUCUACCCCACGCCCCGGAAGCACCCGGACCCUCGCCCAUUCACAUGAAAAUCGAGAACCUAUGCCCUCUGAAGGAAUCCAACCAUUCUCCUCGCGCUAAAUCUUCAUCGGGCCCUGCGGCAGGCCCACCGUCGAACCUGCCUGACAUCCCCGAGGAGAGGAAAGUAUUGACCAUCUUAGACGGAGCGGUUCUUCCUUACGACAAUACCUCAUCGCCACAAAGAAUUACCGAUGACACUUGGUCACCUAGUGGCAUUUCGGCUUUCGAGGAUGCAAGGUCUUACUUAGGGACCACAAAGAAGGGGGCACAUGUCCCGUAUGGGUGUUUCGAGCAUGUGAUAGCUGUCAAAGAUUGGCCCUGCUUGAGCAGUGUUCGAAAAUGGUUUGAGGACGAAGGAGCGGUGGCCACAGUUGAAAAGACGGCGGUGCGUCUGUCGCUCUUGUACACUCGGUUUCGUCAGCAGUUCGACGGCUUCAAUGAGGAGGCAGGGUUACUUCCGCGUUUCUCGCCUUUGCACCGUGCGUUGAAAUCCAAAAGCCCUUUCAUCGCGAAAGCCGUUCUCAACGGUCGGGCAGCGAAGAAUGUUACCAAUGCGGGGGCCAGGACUCAGCAGAUCUCAUGGCCACACAUCGUCGACCAACUAUUUGAGCAAGAAGGCACUAUGGAAACGAGGGAUUCUAUAGGAAGGACCCCUCUAUUAAUCGCCGCCAGAUAUGGCUCAUUCGAGAUGGUCUCCGCUCUCCUGAACAAAGGCGCCGAUCCAGCUGCGGAAAUUAGCAGUAACCACGAUUGUGAUUGCUAUUCCUACGACGAUGACGAUUGCGACUGUCGCAUGUUUACUCCUCUCAUCGCGGCAAUCACAAACCUCCACACCUCGGUUGCAAUUCUUCUCAUAAAGCAUCUCCGCAGCAUUGGCAGAACCACGUUUCCCAAACGGGCUCUCCUUCACGCGAGUUCAAGAGGUCUUCACGAUGUGGUGGCCCUGCUUCUGGAAGACGGCGUGAGUGCCGAUGGGAGUAGCGGAAUCUCCGUCGAGAUCGAUGGGAAAAUUGUCAGGAUUCUUUGUGCCUUGACUGGUGUAGCUUAUGGCGGUCAUACACGGUUGGUGGAGUUUUUGCUGGAAAGGGGAGUGUGCAGCGUCGAAGAUAUUGAGAACGCCCUCUGGAUUGCGAUCUUAGCCCGACAGGAUCAUGCCGUGGAUGCGCUGCUCCGGACAUGUGGUGCCAAUACUAUUGACAACUAUUGGAAACCGCUUGGAGGGACAUUGCUCGAGCAUGCGUGCCGAGAAGGUUCGACCCGUGCCGUCAAACUAUUACUCGACCGCGACACGAAUCCGAACUUUAUAACCAGCGAAUCGACGGUUUUGCAAGACACAUGCAGGAGUGGUCACGAAUCGAUUGUCGAUCUUCUGCUGCAGGCUGGUGCUGAACCUAAUGCUCCUCUAACACGCCUGGCGCCGGCAGCCCAUGAGAGAACUGAUCUCCAGGCUGCAUGUGGGAACGGCCACCAAUCGAUUGCCGAGCUUCUUUUAUGGAAUAAGGCUGAUGUCGAUGCUUCUACACCAUGGAACAGUGGAAGGACCGCUCUCCAGGCUGCAUGCGAGGGAGGUCACGGGUCGAUUGUCGAGCUUUUACUACGGAACAACGCCAACAUCAAUGCUGAUCCAGCGGCGCCUGAUGGAAGAACCGCCCUGCAAGCCGCAUGUGAGGAAGGCCAUGAAUCGAUCGUCGAGCUUCUACUACGGAAUCAAGCCGAAAUCGCAUGUAAGAGAGGUCACAAAUCGAUUGUCGAGCUUCUUUUACGGAAUAACGCCGAAGUCAAUGCCCCUCCAGCAGCGACUGACGGAAGAACCGCUCUUCAAGCUGCAUGCGAGGGAGGUCACGGGUCGAUUGUCGAGCUUCUACUACUGAAUAACGCUGACGUCAAUGCGCCUCCAGCAUGGGGCUAUGGAAGAACUGCCCUCCAGGCCGCAUGCGGAAACGGUCACAUAUCGAUUGUCGAGCUUCUUCUACAGAAUAACUCAGAUGUCAAUGCUGAUCCAGCGAUGUGUGGAAGAACUGCUCUCCAGGCCGCGUGCGAGAGAGGCCACGAAUCGAUUGUCGAGCUUCUGCUGCAGAACAAAGCCAAAGUCAAUGCUAACCUAGCGGCGACCGACGGAAGGACCGCCCUUCAAGCCGCAUGCGGGGGAGGCCAUGGAUCGAUUGUCGAGCUCCUGUUACGAAAUAACGCCGAAGUCAAUGCCGAUCCAGCGGCGUCGGGUGGAAGAACAGCCCUCCAGGCCGCAUGCGAAGGGGGUCACAGGCCGAUUGUCGAGCUCCUGCUACGGAACAAUGCCGAAGUCAAUGCCCCUCCAGCGGCGACUGACGGAAGGACCGCGCUACAAGCGGCAUGCGAGGGUGGUCAUAUGUUGAUUGUCUCCCUUCUACUCCGGCACAAAGCCGAAGUCAACGCAGCUCCCGCGGCGUCUAAUGGGCGAACAGCGCUUCAAGCUACAUGCGAGGGAGGCCACGGACUAAUCGCCAAGCUACUACCGCGGAACAACGCCGAUGCCGCGUGCGAAGGAGGCCACAAAUCGGUCGUCGAGUUCCUCCUGCGGAAUGGCGCCGAUGUCGGUGCUGAGCCAGCGAUGUGUGGAAGAACCGCUCUGCAAGCCGCGUGCGAGGGAGGUCACGCGCCGAUUGUCGAGCUCCUACUGCUGCAGGAUAACGCCGGCGGUAAUGCAGAUCCGGCGAGAUAUGGAGGAAUCGCCCGAGAGAGAGCUCGCGAAUCGAUCGUGGAGCUUUGA